AUGCUCUUCGAAGACCGCCCCCAGGACCUCGAGUCCGAAAUUGCCCAACUCGAGGCCCGCCUGCACGACAUGCGUGCCCAGCUUGAUAUCUCCACAUAUCCCACACCACCAUCAUCCCACCCAGACAAGUCCUGGACAAUGCCCUAUAACACCACCAACACCACAAUUAAGAAGAACACAAACGACCAAUUAUUCCGCCCCUCCUCAGUCCGCGCCUCAUCUCUCCACGCUCUCCUCCUCCUCUCAGACUCCGCCUUACCACUUGGCUCAUUCGCCUACUCCAGCGGCCUAGAGUCCUACCUCGCCCACAACAAGCCAUCUCGCCGCACAAACCCAGUAACAUCCUUCCACCACUUCCUCAAACUAUCAAUCGCCUCUAUCGCAAGCACAUCCCUCCCCUACGUGCUCGCCGGCUACCGGCGUCCCGAAACCCUCGAAACCCUAGACAACGACCUCGACGCCUCAACACCCUGCAUCGUCGCCCAGCGCGCGAGUGUCGCCCAGGGCCGCGCCUUACUAGGCGUCUGGGAACGCGCUUUUCGCGUGAGCUUUGCCUCAGAGCACGCCAACGGCAACGCAGACAACGCCGAAGCAUCUGCCAUCACAGCCAUCGAUGACUUCUCCUCCGCACUCAAGUCUUCCUUCGAGGACGUGGACGAGUACGACCUCGGUCCGCGGGGCCACUUCGCGCCGCUGUGGGGCGUAACGUGUCGGGCCAUGGGCCUGGACCUGCAACAAACAGCGUACACAUUUGUGCUGAACCAUGCCAAGGCCGUUCUCAGUGCUGCGGUGCGCGCGUCCGUGAUGGGCCCGUACCAGGCGCAGAAUAUCCUCGCCAGUCAGAGUCUGCAGGAUACGAUUAUGGGGCGGAUUGAGCGGGAGUGGAACACUGAGCCUGAGGAGGCGGGGCAGGUUGUUCCUGCGUUGGAUUUGUGGGUUGGACGGCAUGAGCUGCUCUAUAGUCGGAUUUUCAACUCUUGA